CGUGCGUAACCAAGUGUGGGGUGUCUCCUCAGAAGGGAGGAAACGUGUUUCAAAGAUACUUUUACAGGCUACUCUUGAUGUAAUUAACUUGUUACUAAAAUACCAUAAAGUAGGCGUUUACAGUCCGUACUUCUGGCUGUACUACACCAGUGGUGUGCCACUGAGUUGUCAACGCCGGAGUCAGCGUUUGUCACCUAGCAGCAGCUGGAUUACUUGUGUUCUGAUGAGAGGGGGAGCCGCGAGACACUUGCUAAACGACAACAGGCAGUUGCUAUCUAGUACUUAGCUAAUUAGCCUGUCAGCUAGCCUGCUCUCCCCACAGCCUCAGCAAGUCCCACCCUCCCUCACCGAGUGCGUGGACGUCGUAGAGGCUGCAGCGUUGAAGUCGAGUGUUUAUUCCCUCCCCUUGUCAACUUAUUCACCAUCGUCGUACAGCUGGGUGACUGGAAGAACGAGUAGUCUACGCGUUAGCUAACUGACGCUAACGUACAUUUGUCGGCUUUACGUUGUACCAAUGUAUUGUGUGGAGGGAUACGGUUGGUAUACUGGCAAAUAGACUGGCUAGAAAGAAACGACGAAGUAAGGGAUAACAAGGAAGACACCGAGAAGGAGGGGACUGGCUAAUUUAGCCGGGGAGACAGAACCGCACAUUGCAAACACUGCUGCCGAGCCACACACAGCCAUGAGUAUUGAGAUACCAGUGGGGUUGACAGAACUGCUGCAGGGCUACACUGUGGAGGUGCUUCGACAAAGGCCGUCGGACCUGGUGGAUUUUGCAGUACAAUACUUCACCCGUUUGCGGGACACCAGAAAUCAGGAUGGGGCUGGUGGCAAGACGGGGAAAGGAGUGAUGUUUGAUUCGGAGCCAAUGCAAACAGAGUCUAAUGGAGAUGAUGAUGAAGAUGAUGAUUCUGACUUUGAACCUCCACCACCCAGCAGAUUCAACAGAAGAGUGUCAGUGUGUGCGGAGGCGUUCAACCCAGAUGAGGACGACGAGGACACAGAGCCCAGAGUGGUUCACCCGAAAACAGAUGAGCAGCGCUGCAGACUGCAGGAGGCCUGCCGAGACAUCCUACUCUUCAAAACACUAGAUCAGGAGCAGUUCUCUCAGGUGCUAGACGCCAUGUUUGAAUCAGUGGUUCAACCCCAGGAGCAUGUCAUCGACCAGGGAGAUGAUGGAGACAACUUCUAUGUCAUAGAGAGGGGUGUGUAUGACAUCGUGGUAUCGGGAACGUGCGUGGGUCAGUAUGAUAAUAAGGGCAGCUUCGGGGAGCUGGCGCUCAUGUACAACACGCCACGUGCUGCCACCAUCGUUGCCACUCAGGAGGGAGCAUUAUGGGGUCUGGACCGUGCCACAUUUCGUAGACUCAUUCUGAAGAACAAUGCCAAGAAAAGGAGGAUGUAUGAGUCUUUCAUCGAGUCGGUACCUUUACUCAAAUCACUGGAGGCAAACGAGAGGAUGAAGAUAGUUGACGUAUUAGGAGCGAAGCAGUUCUCAGAUGGUGAGCGUAUCAUCACACAGGGAGACGGGGCUGAUUGCUUCUACAUUGUAGAAUCUGGAGAGGUCAAGAUCAUGUUGAAGAGCAAAACGAAGGCAGACCAUGCAGACAAUGCGGAGGUGGAGAUUACACGCUGUAACAGGGGUCAAUACUUUGGGGAGCUGGCCUUGGUCACUAACAAGCCCCGAGCCGCCUCGGCCUACGCAGUUGGCCAUGUCAAGUGUUUGGUAAUAGACAUACUGGCGUUUGAGCGUCUCCUGGGCUCCUGUAAGGAGAUCAUGAAGAGGAACAUCGCCCACUACGAGGAGCAGCUGGUAGCUCUGUUUGGCUCCAGCAUGGACCUGAGAGACUGAGCCUCCCACACCACCCUCCGUGCCUUCUUUUACACACACACACACACACACACACACACACACACACACACACACACACACACACACACACACACACGUACACACUCGCACACUCCAACCGACAUGUCAUGCAGUGGCUAUACAGACUCAUAACUUUUACACAGUCAUGCAAACACUUGAAAGCUGUACUUGGCUCACCUGAAGGUACAUGAAUCCACACACACACAUACUUUUAUACUGAAACCUGUACAAGUACUGAGAGAUGCCCACAUCACUUGGUUUGCUCACCCUGAUCCACAAUACUAGCUCCACACACUCCAUCCUAGCCUCACUUUGUGGAGAAGCACACACACAAAGUUAGCUAAAGGCUACUCACUUUGUUUAUUGAGCCAACUCAAACCUCUCAGUAUGAAUGUUUUUGCUGCAAAGACCUUAAUACAGGUUAAAGCAGUGUGAGAACACAAAACACAUAUAAACACACCAUCAUGCUUCAUACGUGCAGGCUUCACACGAGCACUUAAACAACUCAAAAUUGUUCCAACAAUCCUCAGCCAAGGACUCAUCAGUACAUACACAGAUAUAUAUACACACACACACACACACACACAUACAGAUACUCAGAAACACAUAGGCAACCACACUUGCAAAAACGGACACAUUGUGGUAAAAUGGAGACAAGAAAAACUCAAAAAAAAGAUCUCUGAAAAAGAAAACAAAAAAAUUAAAAAAAAAUGGGGUUACGUUUAAAAAAAGAACUUUUAGAAAUGUUUUAUGAAGAUUAAAAAAACAGAAGCUUUGAUAAAAUAUUAUUUAAAUAAAAAAAGUGUUUCCUCUUCAGGAGGCCGGGGUGCUGAACUUUGUCAGUGCACUCCAUUUCUUCCUCUACUGUUGUUGAUUGAGUUGAGUUGAGUUAGUGAUGGUGAUUAUUACAGUACCACAGAAGAAGCAGUGAAAAUAAUAACAACCCUACGUUUUCUGGGCCAUUGUUAUUCUAUCAUUGACGCCACACUUCAAUGUAUUGAAUUAAUUAUUAAUGUAUUGUUAUUAUGUAUUCUUUUUUUCUUUUUGUUUUUUGUUUUUGCUUUGACCAAUUCAGAUAAAAUUCAACAUCCAUCUCUGACAAAAUGUAAAAAGAAAAAAAAAUUCUAAUAAACUAUAGUGCUUAUUUCUC